CCAUACGCGUGCGCAGAACCGUUUAGAUGCACAUCUCGACGCGGUAGCCCCAUCCGAUGGAACACCGGCGCAGUGAAAACAGCUGAUCUCCCCAUCACAACAGUCUAUGAUCACAACCUGCUGCGAUACGUCACUGCUAGAAGUAACGCCAACCACUCAGGCUUAACCCCACUUCAGGAAAGUGUACUCGCUGAUCACUGAGGUUAUAGGCAGGACUUUACAGCAUUAACAAAAAUGAGUGAAAUGAAUCCAAACGAGUGUGCUCCAGCUGCAGACAGUGCGGAGAAAGCGGACGGGGCUGCGGAAUGGGAUCCUUUCCGCAUCGCCGUCUCCUCUCGCACCCUCUUCAACAUGGAUGAAGAGAGGAAGAUCUAUGAGAAAGAAGGACUGGAUAAGUAUGUGGCUCAUCAGGUGAAGCAUGAGAGCGAGCCCCUGCAGCCUGGAGCAGCUUUUCCCUUGGUGAAGGCUCUGAUGACCGUCAACGCUCGACUAAAGAAGCUCUACCCGGACAGUAAGGAGCCCUUUGACAUCGUCUUAAUGACAAACAACCAUGACCAGGUCGAUUUGCGCAUCACAAACAGCAUCGACCACUACCAUCUGACCAUCGACAGAUUAGAUAUGACCGGAGGUCAGAGCCUCAUCGGAUACCUGAAGGCCUACAUGACUAAUCUGUACCUCUCCAAGGACUCAGAGAAAGCUAAAGAGGCCAUAGAGGAAGGCAUCGCUGCAGCCACCGUGUUUAUACCGGAGACGGAGACAGAGUUGUGCGACACUCAGCUGAGGGUGGCAUUUGAUGGCGAUGCCGUCCUCUUCUCAGACGAGGCUGAGAUCAUCAUGAAGACAGAAGGCCUGGACAGCUUCAUCAAGCAUGAGACAAUGAAAAAGAACAUUUCUCUCCCUGAGGGUCCCUUAAAGUGUUUCCUGGAGGCUCUUUGCAAGCUCCAGAGGAAGUUCUACGAAAACAACGAGCGCAUGAACUGUCCCAUCCGAACCUUCCUUGUCACGUCCCGCGGCGCUGCCGGCUCCGGGGCCAGAGCCCUGAACACUCUCCGCAGCUGGGAUCUGGAGAUUGACGAGCUCUGCUUAUUGGCCGGAGCUCCUAAAGGACCACUGCUGCAAAAAAUCAAACCUCACAUCUUCUUUGACGACCAAAUGUCUCACGUUGAGGGGGCUACGAAACUGGGGAUCAUUGCUGCACACGUCCCCUAUGGGAUUGGACAGAAGUACCACAAAGGGAAACUCAUUGAGAAGCCAGAAAAAAAGAAAUAAGAUAAAAAGGGUUAAAAUACUCAACAUGCACUACACUGUCAUCUGCAUAGAGAGGUAUGCUUCAAAAUGAAAUAUUAUCAGAAGAAACAAAAGGUAUUUAAACAGAAGCAGCUCUAUUUUAAAAUGAGUUAGGUCAUGGGUAAAUAAUACAACCUACAAAGUUUAUAAGUUUUUGGUUAUUUUUUAUACUUCCAGGGUUUUCUACGGGGGAAGUGUUAAUGGUUAAGGAAUGUGCUUUAUAAAGAAGUGUUACGACAGGGGGUGUACACUACUUCACUUCACAAUGUUUUGUAAGAGAGUCAGACUUUUAACCUCUAUGUGCCUUUUAAUGAGACGCGUUAUUAUCUUUCUCUUGGUUUAGGAUUUUGGUGUAUACAGUUUGACAAAGGUAGGGUAUGUGUGCUGUGUUAGUUUAUAUCUUUAUUGGAUUUUGGACUUAAAAGAUGUCAAACAUAUUCCAGCAGUGGUUUUGCACAUUUAAAGUCACUCAUCAUUCAUGUUAUCAUCAGUUUGAAAUGGAUAUUUAUCAGGGGAGACUAUCCUGGUCUUACGGGGAUCACUCAUGCUGUCUGUUUUUGUUACUCUUUGCUGUGUUUGCGCACAAUCUUUAUACUUGUACUGCAACAUUUAUAGUUAAGUUGUCUUAAGAUUUUGAUGCUUUUACAUUGUAUCUGGAUAUCAAAGUUUUAUUGAGACUUCAUUCACUGUCAAAGUUUCAUACUGAAAAGAUGUGUAAAUGUACGCUUACCCCAACUUCUAUGACAAGCCGCACUUACUUUUUGUAAAUGUUUUUAUCACCAUAGUAACAGCAUUAGCAUCAGAUCCAGUCGUAUAUUUGCAGUAAUGUUCAUGUUGCAGCAACACAAUAAAAGGAUUCUUCACUUUCUGUACCCUGAUUUUAAA